AUGGACACCAUCGACCAUAUACCUCUGCAGAAACUUCGCGAAGACGACACGGCGGGCAGAUCAGACGAGCAUGCUAAUGUUCAUCCUCACUCACCUACUCAUCCUCACCACACUCCACACCAUGUCGACGCAGCUAAGAGGAGACGGCGAAGUGCCUCUGUAGACUAUGAUUUCUUCGACCCUACCGGCGCCGCCGGACUGGAGAGGCGCCUCAGUCGUAUUUCGACUCACACUCACGACAACGUACGACCCACCAACGAUUCCGACGUCACUCUAUCAAUACCGACUGAUGCCAUGCGCGCCGUCGUGAAGAGACGCGAAGAGGCCAACAUCAAGGACCGCCAGUUGGGUGUUGUGUUUGAGAACCUCCGGGUGGUUGGUCUUGGGGUAACGGCGUCUUAUCAGGAGACCCUCGGGUCGACGCUGAACCCGUUCAAUAUUCCGUCGAAGAUUCGAACUGCUCGUCAUCCUCCUCUGAGAGAUAUUCUCUCUGGGUUUGAGGGUGUCGUUCGACCGGGGGAGAUGAUACUCGUCUUGGGGCGUCCUGGUUCCGGAUGCAGUACAUUCCUAAAGACACUUGCGAAUCAAAGGGAGGAGUACCACUCGGUAGAGGGCGAGGUCCAUUACGACUCCCUUUCUCCGGAAGAACUUUCGAAACAUUACCGUGGCGAUGUUCAAUAUUGCCCCGAGGAUGAUGUCCAUUUUCCGACCUUGACUGUUGAACAGACCCUCAGAUUCGCAGCAAAGACGCGUGCUCCUCAAGAGCGUGUUGGUCACUCCCGGGCAGAGUACGUCGAUAUGAUGGUCGAGGUCCUCACAACCAUCUUCGGUCUGCGCCAUGCCAAGGGCACAAUGGUCGGCGAUGCUGCUAUCCGUGGUGUAUCAGGAGGAGAGAAGAAGCGGGUGUCUAUUGCCGAAGCCAUGGCUACUCGAAGCAAAUUAAACUCUUGGGACAACUCUACUCGUGGUCUCGAUGCCUCCACUGCACUUGAAUUCGGACGCGCACUGAGAAUAUCCACUGACAUCGACAACCUCAGCACCAUCGUUUCCAUCUACCAGGCGGGAGAGACGCUCUAUCAACUUUUCGACAAGGUCUGCGUCAUAUACGAAGGAAGGAUGGCGUACUUUGGUCCCGCAGAUCAAGCGAAGCAGUACUUCAUUGAUCUGGGCUACCUUCCGGCUAACAGGCAGACAACGCCUGAUUUCCUCGUGGCUGUUACCGAUCCAAACGGUCGCAUCCCCAAUCCUGACGUUCCAAACCGUCCUCGUACUGCGGCCGAGUUUGCCGAGUGUUUCUACAAGUCGUACCUCGGUCGUCAGAAUCGCGAAGAUAUUGCCUUGUACAAAGAGGUCUACGUAGGGUUACCGGAUAGAGCUCACUAUUAUCGGGAGAGCGCGCGUGCGGAGCAUUCAAGGAACACGAGGCAAAGCUCACCCUAUGUGAUCUCUAUUCCCAUGCAAGUCCGAGCUGUGAUGCAGAGGCGCACUCAAAUCCUUUGGGGAAACAAGCAAGCGACUAUCAUGAAUCUAGUAUCGUUCGUUCUUCAGGGUGUGAUUGUCGGCACGGUUUUCCUUAACGCUCCUGAAUCGACCUCGGCUUUCUUCAGUCGAAGUGGUGUUCUUUUCUUCGCGCUUUUGUUUUCUGCUCUAUCAAGUAUGGCGGAAAUUCCUGCUUUGUUCAAUCAACGUCCUAUUGUCGCUCGGCACCAGAAAGCUGCAUUGUACCAUCCCUUCAUCGAGGCAGUCGCUCUUACCUUGGUUGAUAUCCCUAUCACGUUCUUGACCACUACGGUCUUCGGUAUCCUUAUCUAUUUCAUCGUCGGUUUACAGCGGACAGCUGGGCAAUUCUUCGUUUUCCUUUUGUUCCUGUUCACAAUGGCCAUCACGAUGAAAGCUUGGUUCCGUGCCGUUGCCUCCGCUUUCAAGGCUGAGUCCGAGGCGCAAACGUUAGCUGGUAUCAUGCUCUUGGCCCUGGUCAUCUAUACCGGAUUUACGAUCCCCAAACCCUCCAUGAUUGGCGCUCUCAAAUGGAUAUCAUACAUAAAUCCUCUUCGCUACGGCUUUGAAAGUGUCGUGGCCAACGAAUUCCACACACUCAAUGCAUCCUGCGCGGCAUUUGUCCCUCAAGGACCUGGAUACGAAAACGUCAGCAUUAACAAUCAGGCCUGUUCCACAGUCGGAUCUGUCGCGGGCCAGGCCUACGUAGACGGCAACACAUUUAUUUCUCUUUCCUAUGGAUAUUCGUAUGGCAACACUUGGAUGAAUUUCGGAAUUCUCAUCGCUUUCAUGGCGGCGUUCUUAGCUAUUUUGUUCAUAUAUUCCGAGUUCAACACCACCAUUGCUGGUGAAUCUGCGAUGGUACUAUUCAAACGCGGGACGAAGGCCCCGAUUUUGGACCAGGACAAAAAGGAUGAGGAGUCUACCUCCGUACGGUCUAGUCGGGACACAAUCCAAGACGGUACUGCCGCGGUUGUGGAGGCUGAAAAAGCUUUGGCUGAUCACCCGCCGAUGACGGACCUGUUCAGUUGGCAACAUCUGCAGUACACGGUUCCCGUGGCUGAAGGACAGCGGCGUUUACUUGACGAUGUCUCUGGAUACGUUGCCCCUGGCAAGUUGACGGCCCUGAUGGGUGAAUCUGGUGCGGGCAAGACUACGUUGCUCAAUGUUCUGGCUCAACGUGUCAGCACUGGUGUCGUUCUUGGAGACCGUUUCAUCAAUGGACUCGCUCUUCCCAGUGAUUUCCAAGCGCAAACUGGCUACUGUCAACAGAUGGAUACACACGUGAACACCGAUACUGUUCGCGAAGCUUUACUUGUUUCGGCAAACUUGCGUCAGCCGGCAUCUGUUCCGCUGGCUGAGAAAGAGGCUUAUGUUGAGAAAUGCAUCAAAAUGUGUGGUCUCGAGGCUUAUGCCGAUGCCGUUGUUGGUUCGCUUGGUAUUGAGCAUCGCAAACGUACGACGAUAGCUGUGGAGUUGGCGGCGAAGCCUAAAUUGCUGCUGUUCUUGGACGAGCCUACUUCUGGACUAGACUCACAGAGCGCAUGGGCCAUCAUGGCUUUCUUGAGGAGUCUCGCUGAUAAUGGGCAAGCCAUCCUUUGCACAAUCCAUCAACCUUCUGCCGAACUUUUCCAAGUCUUCGACAGGCUUCUCCUUCUCAAGAAGGGCGGUCAGACCGUAUACUUUGGAGAUCUUGGACACAAUUCCACGACGCUCAUUCAAUACUUCGAGAGAAACAAAUCAAGGGUUUGCCACGAGACCGAAAACCCUGCUGAAUUCAUGCUGGACGUCAUCGGCGCUGGAGCGACCGCCCAUGCAACCCAGGAUUGGCACGCGAUCUGGAAGAAUUCACCGGAAUGCGCUAAUCUACAGACUGAGCUCGACGUUCUGCACGCUGAAGGAAGAAAGAGGGGUGCUGUCGAGGCUACUGUUCAUAAUGAGUUUGCCACGUCUUGGUUCCAUCAGUUCACCGUUUUAGUGAAACGUGACUUCAAGUUCCGUUGGAGAGACCCGACCUAUCUGAUCGCCAAGUUCGCCCUAAACAUAAUGUCGGGCUUGUUCAUUGGGUUCACCUUCUUUAAGGCGAAGGAUAGUCAACAGGCCACUCAAAACAAGCUAUUCUCUAUCUUCUUGGGUACAAUUCUAGCUGCUCCUCUGGUCAACCAGCUUCAAGUUCCGUUUAUCAACAUGCGUAAUAUUUACGAGAUUCGCGAGCGUCCUAGUCGCAUGUAUCAUUGGUCGGCCUUGCUUACAUCCCAAUUCCUCGCCGAAAUCCCGUGGAACAUCCUUGGAUCGGGUGUAUACUUUUUGUGCUGGUUCUGGACAGUCGGCUACCCGUCGUCUCGUGCCGGCUACACCUUCCUUGUGAUGGGUGUCAUCUUCCCUCUCUACUACACGUCCCUCGGCCAGGCUGUUGCGUCCAUGGUGCCCAAUGCGGAGCUUGCCGCGAUCUUGUUCAGUUUCUUAUUCUCUUUCGUUAUGACCUUUAAUGGUGUUCUGCAACCGUUCAGCCAACUCGGAUGGUGGCAAUGGAUGUACCGGGUGUCUCCCUACACUUACCUCAUCGAGGGUCUCCUUGGACAAGCUCUCGGAAGACAGAAUAUAACUUGUUCGUCUGUGGAACUUGUCUCUGUUAUUCCUCCAUCCGGGCAAACGUGUGGCGAAUAUCUCAACCCUUACGUAUCUGCCAACGGCGGUUACUUGACGAACUCCAAUGCUACCGAUAGCUGUUUGUUCUGUUCAACCAAAACGACGGAUGAGUUCUUGGGUAGGAACUUCAACAUCUUCUACGCGCACAGGUGGAGGAAUGUCGGGUUCCUUUGCGUUUUCAUUGCUUUCAAUAUUUGGGCCAUUUACGUUUGCACAUAUUUCUUCCGUGUGCGCACAGGAAGUUUGCUAGAUUCGUUUAAAAAGAGAAUCGCUCGUCGCCGAUAGACGCAUCACAUUCAUUGGACUAAUUGCAUAAGUUAUAGUGAUUUUAUUGUAAUUUUCUUAAUUUUUCACAUCUACGCACAUAGAAAAUUAGAAAGCCCCUUUGUACAUCUUAUUUACUAGACAGUGUAACUUUUACGAUCAAUACAAGCUAUUAUGGUGCUUA